UAUGCCAUUGUAUUUAAUGGGACUUGAACAUGCAUGGAUUUUGGUAUCCAUGGGAGGAACCAAACUCCAGUGGAGACCAAGGGCCCACAGUACAAGGCAUUAAAAGAUGGAAAGGUGUGUGGGAAAAUGUGCUUUGACUUGGGUUCUAAUUCUGUCUAAUGAUUUUUAGCAAGGGUUCAAAGUUUAGCCUCCUUCCCCUGAAAUCUAGAAAUCCCUAGGCAGACUGAGAAGUGUGACAAUGUGAUGUUACGGCUCUUUUGGUGCCGGUCAGCCGACCCAUUGCUAACCCCAUCUGCCGCUUCCGUGGGACGGAAGGAUCCUAGCAGAUCUGCCGUGUGACGCCACUAUAAGCCCUGGCUGCCUUUUUAAUCCCAGCAAUCUGUCCUUGGAGGCUGGAGGGGAGUGAAGAGGAAAAGGCCUUUCUGCACCCAUCCGGUCUGGUUCAACCAAAGGUCCAGCCAGGUCCCCCUUGACCGGCAGCAUGAGUUGGCCAGGUGAGGAAUGGAAGGUGGGCUUGCCGGCCCAAGCCUUGAGGGCCAUCGCCGAAGUGGAGCACAGGCUGGAGCGCUUGCAAAAGGAGCGCCAACAGAAGCAGGUGCAACUGGACACGCUGGAGGCUGUGAUGCACAAGCAGCGGCUGAAGCAUGAGGAGGAGAAGGCUUCGUGGGCUCUUCUCUCCCAAGAGAAUCGCAGCUUGGCGGAGACUUGUGAGCAGAUGGAGCGUGUGCGCCAACGCUUGGCGCAGGAGCUGCAAGCCAAAGAUGCCCAACUGAGUUGCCUGAAGGCUCAGCUCACUCAAGCAACCCGAUGCCAAGCGGAAGUUGAAGAAGAGUUGCGCAGGUGCCAGGUAGAACUGGAAAAGCUGCAAUCCCGAUCCGAUUUGGUCCUAUUGCCUCCCCGCUGGGGUUCCCCUGCACCCUGGGCUGAAGGUGGUGCUGAUACCAAAGCAGAGCCAUGCAAAGGCCUUGAAUCCGGGUCCCAAAAGACCCAGGGCAACAGUGCCCCACUUGGGGGUCCUUGUGGGAAGGAGGCCUGGCAGAAGGAUGCUGCUUGGGGUGCCACAGAGAAUGGGCAAGAAGGCCAGUCAUUGCCAUCAGAACUGGCAUCUGAGGCAGAGAGCCUGAAGAUGGACAACCAAGAGUUGAGGCUCGCUCUUGCCAAAGCUGAGGCCCGGGUACAAGAGAAGGAAAAGGAGUUGUGGAAUAUGCAAGAGCAGCUGGAGUUGAUCCGAGCGGAGCUGGCUCAAUGGAAGAAGCAACAUGGAGACCAGGCAGAGGCCGUUUCCCUGGGAUGCAAAGGAAGACGGCUGUCAGAGGAUGUGGGAAACCAGCGACGAAGCAGGGAACAACAGAAGAGCUUUGUGGGGAGAGAGUUGGCUCCUUCCAGUGGCAGCCACCGAAGCGUCAGCUCUUCUCGCUUGGAACAACUGUCUGAGAAACGAGGAACCACCAUCAAACAGAAAGGAUCUGUGACUCCCCGGGGCCAGAGUACUGAGAGAGGCCGAGAGGAACUACAAGCCCUCAAAGCCGAGGUCUUGACCCUUCACCGACGCCUGGAUGCUUCUGAGUGCCAACGCAAGACCCUUCUAGAGACCUGCUGGCAGCAACAGAGGACUCGAACCUGGGCCCUGGAGAGGCAGGCACCACUCUUGGGACUGAGAGCUGUUUCCUGGCAAAAGAAAAGGGAUAACCAGGACAACCAAGUUGGGGGCAAAGUACUGGCCUUGGAUGGAAAGCAGGUGGCAAAGAAGGUUGAGUCGGAGACUGAGAAGGAAGAGGUGACCUCAGCAAAAGAAGAAGCAGCUCUAGAAGUUCCAGAGGAGGAGAGAGAAACAAAUGUCCCAGCUGUAGAGGGCAAAACACCACCCUUAGCUGAAGGAGAGGACCUCACCAAGGACCAGUCUUUAGACCAAGGAGAGACUGAGGGAAAUGUGGAGGCAUUGCGUGAGGAUCUCCGCGCCUUAGCUGCCGGGAAGGCCGAAGCGGAAGCCCAAGCCAACCUGGUCCAGUCAAAACUUCAAAACCUUCAGGCCACGCUGGGGAGGCAGACGGAAAGGUUGGCGCAAGCCAUGGAGACGCAAAGUCACCACGUUGAGGAACUGCUGGCAGAUGCUGAAGAGAAGGAGUGCCUUAUGAAAAGCCUACACCAGGAGCUGGAAGACACCAAGAAGGCCUUGGAUAUGGCUAAUGCUGAGGGCCAGAGGCUACGGGCAUCACUGGAGCAGAGGGAGAAGGAAUCACCCAGAGCCAACCCCACGUAUGCCAUGGAACUAGGCAUGGGAGAUGGCGCAAAGCCACCGUCCCUGUCGCAGGAAGGCAAAGCAGGCGUUGGGGCCAAUGACCUGGAAGAAGGACACUCUCUGGACGCGAAACUGACCGAGGCACAACUAAAGGCUUCGCUCGCUCAACUCAUGCAGGAAAACCAGGCCCUGCAGAACGAACUGGCAUGUUGGAAGGCAAGGAGCAUGGAAAGAGGAGAUGAUGGCACCCCCAUUAAUCCCAGACCAGUUUGUUCAGGAAAUGACAGAGAAACAGAGGAUGCAGAUGUUCAAAAAGUUGCCGAGAAGAAGGAGUGGAAAAAUGUCCAGACCCAGACGGAGGGACCUGAGGAUGCCCACCGGCGACGGGAGCGUGUUUCGGUGGCCUUUGAUGACACCCAGUAUGAACCAUAUGGGCUUCCCGAGGUGGUCAUGAAGGGUUUUGCCGACAUCCCGUCUGGCCCUUCCUGCCCUUACGUCCUCCGUCGAGGCAUUUUGGGAAGUGCCCCCAUUGCUCAGCUGGCACCAAGAGCAGAACCAGAAGAAGAUUCCUUAGAGGCAGAGGAAGGGACCGGUGUCUAAAACACAUCUCACUUGACAUCUUCAUGUGCCAGACUGGCAUAACAGCAUCCUUCUCUUUAAGAAUGAGAAAUAACCUCUGUCUGCUUUUCUCUUUAUCAACACUUUCUCCAUGUAAGCUGUCGUUGCGAUGCUGUUGGCUCUGCGUUGCACUAUGGCAGUACCUGGGAUGUUUCAGGUUUUGCUGAUAUUUUUGCACCAACCGCUGGAAGGAUGAGCAGCGAUAACAAAUCAUGCACAAGCUCACACUCCCUCGCUGCCAGACCUCCUCAGAAGGGAGUUGGUAUAUUUCUCCAGUUAAUUCCCUAAGGUGCAUAUUAGAUCUCUCUUUUACUUCUCUGGGAAGAUGUGGAAGUUUGUGGAAGGUGAGGGAUGCUGCAGGACAGAGGCACUCCAUGCCGGAGAAAAUGCUCCAGUCAUCCAUGUUCAUCUUGUUGCUCCAAUUCCCAAAGAGUCUCCCCCCCCCCAAUUUAGGGGGGUAUUUGAGAAGCAUCACUUGGAAAGGACUGGAAGGAAGAGGGAUGAAGGGGAUCGACCUUUCCUGGGGUUUGCCACCCCUUGCCCAUCAUUGGACGACAACAUCUUUCCAUAGUGACUAUUGCUUUUUGGCAUCCAAUCAUGGGCCCAGUAGUUCUGGUAUGCUUUUCCAAAGAAGCCAAUGGCUAAAAGGACUGAACACAUGGCUGGGGAUUGGGGCCCUCCCCUUCCUUACUCCAUCUUUCUUCCCAUAAUAAACAACAGGAGGACUCUGUUGCUUUGUAUUGCAUUACUUUGUCUAGGACACACACACACACACACACACACACAUACAUGCAGGCACAAUUUAAAAGGUGGCAAAAACUACGUAGGGUGAUAGGAAAUGAUGUGAUGCUUAAGCGCAUGUGGGAAUGCACAUUAUAUGCAGAAAGCACACAUAGUGGUAACAUGAGACAGCAUGCACGGUGUUUAUUUGCUUAUUCAUUCGAUUUAUUCGUUUGUAUGCAUGCUACCUUUCUCCCAGAAGGGACCUAAGGCGACUCAUGGAUCAAAACUAUUUCAAAAGCAUUGCGAUAAAUGUUCAAAACAGUAAAAUCCUCACAGAUAGAAACAUGACAAUAAAAUUUAAAGCAGUU